AUGGAUUAUUCAAAGCUGCGGGCGGCUGCCCUGAAGAGCAGCGAGGAUGAGGAGGCAGUUACCGUCGACACCCGAGCCCUGAUUGACAAGGUGCUCGCUCGAUACUCGGGAGAAUGGACAACGCUGCGGGAGCUCAUACAGAAUGCUGCCGACGCCCAAGCCACAACCGUUACGAUACGGUGGGAAACCCUUCCCUCAACAACGGUACCCCUUCCUCAUGGCGCGAACCGAUCCGAACUCCUCAAACACACCAUCGCCAAUCAUACCCUCCGGAGGCUAGUGGUGCAGAACGAUGGGCAGCCAUUCACUCAGACCGACUGGGGCCGCCUCAAGAGGAUCGCUGAGGGCAACCCGGAUGAGACGAAGAUCGGCGCAUUCGGUGUUGGAUUCUACAGCGUAUUCGCCGACUGUGAAGAACCCUUUGUCAGUUCUGGGGACCAAGCCAUGGCCUUCUACUGGAAGGGAAAUGCGCUCUUCACCAGGAAGAUGCAGAUCCCAGCAGACCAAGCUACCUCCGACACCGCGUUUGUGCUGGACUACCGGAAUACCACCACUCCGCUGCCGAAUCUGCUCUCCGUUGGCCAGUUUCUUGCCACCAGCUUGACUUUUGUCGCUCUGCAGAACAUCGAGUUCUGGGUUGACGACUAUAAGCUCUUGGCUUUGAAGAAAAAGACAUCCCCCAGCAUAGACGUUCCCAUUCCACGGGACUUGGAGACCCGUACACAAGAAGGGCUCAUGAACAUAAGCGGCGUUGGUCGCGUGAGCACUCAGAUCGAUGCGGGCAUCAUGAGCGUCAUCGGAUGGAAGCCUCAAGUCGCAGCGGCUGCAGCCAAGGCUAGCGAAGCAUAUGGUUUCGGUUCAUCCGAUAUGACGGCGAUCAAGGGAUUUUUCUCGCGAUUUACUUCCAGCUCGGCGCAGUCAACUGCACGGGCAAAGGCAGCAAAAGAGGAGAAGGCCGCCCAGGAAGCUAUAGCUGAAGAUUUAACUGUAGUAUCAUCCUCCAGCAUUUUCUUGCGCGUCACCACUGCCACCAUUGAGACGAAAGUCGCUAGCAACUUCGCCAAAGAGCUGGAGCGAGCUACCAAAAAGCCACCACCCAAGACGACCAAGAUGGCUAUCUUGACAUCUUCGUAUGAUGAAACCAUGGCAUCGGAAAGCUCGUCGAGAGCUACUGCUACUGCGAAAGCAGCCGAUGUCUUUGCGACUGUCCUGCCCAGCCGAAAGCCUGGUGGCAGAGUCUUUAUCGGGUUUCCUACCGGUCAGACAACCGGUGCAGGCAUGCACAUCUCUGCCCCAUCGGUCAUUCCGACUGUCGAGCGGGAAGCGAUUGAUCUGAAUGCCCGCUGGGUCCGAAACUGGAACAUCGAAAUGCUUCGUGUUGCAGGCAUCGUCACUCGCUUGGCGUUCUCCAACGACAUGGCAGAUCUCGAUGCCAAACUUCGGGCUCUGGUCGCCGCAAACGGCAAGGGUCCCAAGCCUACGCCAGCCGAUGUGGCCAAAUUCAUGCCCGAGGCACUGCAUAUCCUCAACACUUACACAUUUUCAGACUCUACACCUAGCAGCCAUGUGGGCCGCAUCAUCGAGGAAGCGUUUUGGACGGCGUAUCGAAAGGCAUACAUUGAUGUCUACUCUAGCCAGGGAGUGCUUCCCACGACCAAGGUGCGCAUCAAGUCUGAUGCUUUGGCCACCUUUGUUGACGGCAUUCCCGUGAUAUCCGACGAGAUGAAAGAGAGCCAAUUCGUCAAGAAGCUGCAGGAGUUUGGCCUCCUCAAGUCCAUCACCAUCGAUGAUGUUCGCCAAGAGCUUGAAGCCAAAGCUCUCAACAAAGAACAGCUGAUGCACUUUGUCCAGUGGAUCAGUAACUCGGCUGCAGCAGGUGAUCUGGAUCCUCCAAGUGUGCGCUCCCUCCUCGAUGUUGCGGUAGCAACUGUGGGCGAAGGCGAUGACCAAGGCUCCAUCAUUGCGUUAAGCACCAUCAAGAACUACUUGACAACAAACAAGAUACCGGUCCAACUUCCUAUUCCGCCGACUACUAUUCCUUUCGUGUUCACUAGCAAAGCGAAGGAAUCCAAUCUGGGAUCCCUUGGAUGGUCGCAACUUGACAUUGUGCCGUGGCUGAAAUUUCUCAUUGACUCGGCUGCGAGAUGCCCAGACGACCAGAAUUUGACGAAAUCACCUGCAUUCGCGCAACAAGUUCUUACGGUUCUUUCCAAGAACUGGGCCGAGACCAACGCAUCAGACAAAUCUGUAAUUGCGACAUCCCUACAGAGCAUUACGGUCGUUCCAACAAAGAUGGGAAUGCGGAAACCGACAGAAUCUUUCUUUCCUUCGGUCAAACUUUUCGAUGACUUGCCCACAUUGACAGACAACCACUCCCUGAAAGAAAAGUUCCUGUCUGCUAUUGGUGUGCGAAAGACCGUGGAUCUGGAUACGAUCUUCACUCGGUUGCUGAGCCAGCCUUCUAACUCGGCUGAAAACGGGCGGCCACGAUGGAGCCAUGUUGAGCUCAUCAAGUACCUUGCUUCAGUACGGGCCGACAUUCCUGCGACUGAUAUGAAGAAACUCAAGGAGUCGCGAAUAUGUCCAGCGGAGGCCGGCCCCAAGGGGAUGGAGUCCACGAAGCCUACAUCUCAACUGUUCAAGGUAUCUGAGCUCUUUGAGCCUCAAGAGCCUCUGAGAACCCUAGGGCUCCCUCUUCUGCAAUGGCCAGGACCUCCAGGAAGCUACCGGAAAGGCAGUCCCGAGGGCCUCUUCCUGGUAUCUCUGGGCUUGCGCUCAGCACCCUCCGUUGCCGAGCUCCUCGAGAUGAUGGCAGACAAAGACCCGACAGUGAGAAAGAAUAGCAUGUCCUACUUCAUCUCCAACCACCACACCAAUGGCUAUGCUUCCUUCAAUAUCGGUGGAUUCAACAAACCCAUUCUGCCAUUGAUGGGUAAGAUGGACACUCUCGUAACGCCCUCGGCAUGCUAUACCAAUGAACGAGCCGCUAUACUUGGCUUCAACAUUCUUGCACAGGGUCUGCACCCGCAUGCGCCCAAGUUUGGCGUUGCUCGAGACCCGCCCAUCAUGGAAUGUGUGAACAGGCUGAUCGCCAACCCACCGCAAGACCAACAGUCGGCCGCGCCUCUCUUCGAGUACUUCACCUCACGCCUCGGCGAUGUUGGUGAGAACUCGCUUGCGAAGCUCAGGGAUGCAUCGAUCGUACCGGUUGUGCGACAUACGCCAGGGACAUCGAAGAAGUUGGGUGCUGCGGCCACAUCCACUCUAGCAAAGCCUGUCAAUGUCUACCUGGGUAUUUCCACUACUUAUGGGGACAUUUUCGACUUUGUAGACUUUGGAGCCAACGCCAAUACGUUUCUGCUGAAAUGCGGAGCCAAACUCGAGCCUACCAAGCUAGAGAUCGCAAAACUCGCCUGCAAUGAGCCAGCCAGGUUGUUGAGCAUUCUGCAAAGCUCAGAGAGGUACCUGAACCUCCUCCGCUUCUUGGCAGAAGACUGGGGUGCUCUGAAGAAGGACAAAGAGUUGUUCAGAAAGAUGAAGAGCUCGCCGUUCCUUCUUGCUUGUCGUGAGAUACCCUCUCCGAAUGGCAGCAAGGAGGCCGACAACGGCGAGGACGAAACGUCGAUUCGGCAAUUUCAGCUCGCAGCGCCGAAGGACAUUGUGAUACUUGAUGACUUCAUCAGUUACAAUCUCUUCAAGACUUCGUUGCUCUGGGCUCCAGAGGACGACAAGCUUGAAAGCUUUUACCAGGCUCUUGGAGCGCAAGUGCUCAGCCAUCUAGUGCAAGAGGACAUCCGCGUUGGCCCCCACGUGGACAGGCAAGACGCCUCUUCGUGGCUUCAUAAGCAUGUUCUCGAGCGCUCAAAGCUCUUCUUGCACGAGUAUGCCAAGUACAAGCAGGACGCCAUCAAGCAUGACGCAAAGUGGCUUGAGAAAAACCUUCGCGUGGAAGUUGUGCGAAACAUUUCUCUCCGCAGAUCGCUCCAAGGCAGGGGCCAGUCUCACACCGAGAAGCGCACUGCAGCAGGUACUAAGGAGGGCUUUGGGUUCGUCCUCUACAUCGCCGCCGAAGGACGGCCCGAUAUGUACCAAGUUGGGCAGGCAGUCUGCCACGCCCUCCUGAACCGACCAAACCAGCAAGCCUAUUUCUUCUUCGAGCCCUUUCUGCGACUCGACCUCCUGGAUCUGCGAGCGAGGGGUUACAAUGUUGAUCGUAUCCUGCGUGUGAAGGCUCAAGAAGCCCGCAUUGCCGAAGAAGAGAGGCGCAAGGCUUUGGAAGAUGAGCAGCGCAGGAUCCAAGAGCGAGAGCGAGAGUGGAGGCAGCAGGAGCACCAGCAGACUGCCGUGGCGACUGCGUCUCGAGAAGGCGCCAAAUCUCCGCAACACAACAUGCCUGGUGCCUUCGGUGACGACUCUUCUCCUGAAUCCAGCCCCGUCAAAGCUCUGCCGCCUCCUGAGAGUACAAAGAAGAGGAGCCUCUUCUCGCAACUCUCAAAGAAGUUUGGUCUGGAUCAUGACCAUGACCAUAACGAAAAGCACCAGGCAGAAGUUCCUCCUCCUGGAGGCACAGGCCAAGCAGGACCCAGCACGGGGCCAUCCACCGGGAAGCCUCCGGCAGGUGAGGACGGUCGGGUAACAUCCCCAGCGGUCGUGCAGCAGAACCUCCUGAAUGCCGUCAAGGCAACUCGCGCCCACGGUUCGUCGAGUCUCUUCUCCCCGCCAAAGACGACCGAGGUCAAGGAGCAGGCCACAUACUGUGACAGUACAGCGGCGUCCAACCUCGUAUUUGCAGCCGAUGCUCCCAACGGCAUGCGGGUGUUUGUGGCUAGGGAGCUGUCGAUCCAACCGCACGAAUUCCUCUCGAGCAACAUCGGACCCAUCGCCAUGUUUGAGACGGUCCUGAGGGACGUUGCCAAUAUCUACAGCCUGUCGACGUCCUCUGUACACAUAUUCUACGACGAGAAAGGUCCGACGAUCGCCUUCAACUCGAGUGGUAGCAUUUUCUGCAAUCUGCGCUACUUCAAGCAGCUUCAUGCAGACAAAUUGCAGACCAGCAACCCUCAAGCGGAGGAUAAGGUCGACGUGACAGUGUGGUGGUGGGUUGUAUUGGCUCACGAGUUGGCGCACAAUAUCGAGACUACGCAUAACGCCAACCACAGCUACUACACUGAGUCUUUUGUUCAGCAAUAUUUCCCAAGGAUGAUGACCAUGGCGACUUCGUGGGACGGGAAAGGGAGCAGGAGCAACGGAACAGCUGUUGCUCCCGGAAGCUCACAGGCUCCGCUUCCGCAGCCUCCGCCGCCGCCUUACCAGCAAUAUGGAGGAAGACCUCCCAACAACUUGCUGGACUAG